AUGUCCAACAUCGCCGAAGGCACGUCGCUCACUGUCGGGAGCCAUAAGGUCAAUGUGGUUCGCUUCUUGUCGGAAGGCGGGUUUUCCAAGAUCUAUGAGGUCACCAUGGAUCCGCCCCAUGACGAUACUGAAGUUGGAUGUUUGAAGCAGGUUAUUGUUCCGGAUAAGAGCGGGCUCAAUGCAUUGAGGAAAGAAGUGGACGUUAUGAAGACGUUGCAUCUGGCGAAACACAUUGUUCGUUAUUACGACUCCAACGCCGAGAGAUUGGCGGAUGGACAGUACCAGGUGCUUGUGUUGAUGGAAUUGUGUCCCAAUAAGUCUUUGCUAGAGUACAUGAACGCUAGGAUCCGUACCAAGUUGACCGAAAAGGAGAUUCUUAAGAUCAUGGUGGAUAUCACCUUGGGUCUCUAUGAAAUGCAUAAGAUCAAGCUUAUCCAUAGAGACGUGAAGAUCGAGAAUGUCUUGAUUGACGCUAAACACGUGUUCAAGCUCUGUGACUUUGGCUCUGUGUCCGUACCCAUUAGACCUCCUAAAGAUCAACGUGAGUUCCAGCUAUUGAGCCACGACAUCUUAUACCAGACAACCCCACAAUACCGAUCUCCGGAAAUGGUCGAUUUAUACAGAGCCCAGCCGAUUGACGAGAAAUCAGAUAUUUGGGCCUUGGGCUGUUUCCUUUACAAGCUUUGCUACUACACCACGCCGUUUGAGGCUAACGGUGACAUUGCCAUUCUCCAUGCAUCCUUCCAGUUCUUGCCCCAGCCGGAGUUCUCGGGUGACUUAAAGAACCUUAUCAUCAUCAUGCUUCAAGAAAACCCGCUCUAUAGACCAAACGUGGUGCAGAUCUUGAUGCUCCUUUGUCAAAUGACAGGAAAGAAAAUCGAGGACUACGAUGUUGAAGACUUUUACCACGCUGGCGCUUACAACUUCCAGGCCUUGCACGAGAUGCAACAGCAUAAACAAGAAGAGCUUCGUAAACAGCAGCAGCUUUACUACGAGCAACAGAAACAGCAACAGGAGUACGAAAUGCGCAAGAUCAAAGCCCAGGCGGCUGCUCAGAAAGAUGUGCCCAAGAGGUCAACAUCUCUGCGGUCUCAAUCACAGCAAGCUUCAGUUGAAAACAUGCUGCCUAGCGUACUGAAUGUUCCUAGCCCCAGCAUCAAGGCGCAUGGUUCUUCUGCGUCUCUAGCAUCUCCACAGCAACUAGCUACCGCUCCUGUGGCACCUGUCCCUCGUGAGACCGAUUACUCCUCAGCCCAAAGCAGCCCCCACUUUGCAUCACAGAUUCCCAAGUCGGGAUCUGUUCCUCCUCAGGUUGCUCAAAAUCUAACGUCUCCGUUGGCUGUUGCCUCUUCGCCUGCUACACAAAAGAGUAAGUUGCACCAGGUGACACUGGUGAAGGAUGAUUCGCAGGCUAACCUCGCCCAAUUGAACCACAAGUACGAUUCAUCGAACAAUCCAUUCCCUAUCCUGAAAGAAACGCCUUAUCCUGUUGACCAGAAGCCUAUUGAGGAUGUGACGGAUGGCUCCACUGCCGAUUCUGAUAUCGAUUUGGAGGAAAUCUCCAAGCUAGCGAAUGCCGAGGAGCGCUAUCCGUCUCUAGACGCAUUGAAUGAUGAGGCAGAUAAGGCCUCUGCGUCUGCAUCGGUCCAUAGGAAGUCGCUGGAGUUUAGCGUGAAUACUUUGCUGGGCCAAAGCGCUUCAGCUAGCCGUAAGGCUCUGCAGGAUCCUGAAUUGAAGAGGCCAUCAGAAUUUGAGUCCACUAAAGCAUGGGAGAAGCCACAAUCUCAUAUCGAUAAAGAUGCUGAGAAGUUGGUGGACGACAUUUUUGCCACGAAGACCGGCCCAAGUGAAACAGCAGGUACAUCUGUUCCAUCUACAUCAUCUAAGGAACCAUCACUCUACGCUUCCCAACAGCUGGUACCUCAAGGCAGCCCCGACUACUUCUACCAACAACAGGCACCAGCUCUGGUGACAAGCGAACUCAAUUCGAAUACCAGUCAUGCUCGUGUCGAUGCCAAAUCAGCAGAGGUGUCUAAACAAGCACAGGUGGCUCCCAUGCCGGUGCCAGUUCCAGAAGUCCAAGAGCCUAAGAAGAUGGACGGGUUAUCAAACGGCUUGAAGAGACCUUCUCCAUCACAUGGCUCAGUCUCCAUGGAUGCUUCGGCACAACUUUCCCAGAAACCAGACUUCUCCACAUCCUACAGUUUGGGAACUGUCCCCGUCAAGGAGGGAAGGAAAGAUGCAAACCCAUGGGGUGGUUCCCUUGCGCAGGGCCGCAGUCCAAGACCCAUCCCUUUAUCUUUGAACGAACCAGUGGCUCCGUCACCACAACAGCAACAUGCCAACCUAGCUCCUGCUGCUCCACAUGCCGCUAGUGGUUCACAACCCGUGGGCAGCAGAGGUCCUUCCAUCGAACUCGAUCGUAAUCUUAUUGAACUCGAAGUGGGACUUUCGUCAGGCGAAAGCUCAGAAGCAACACCACCGCCGCUUCCACCACAUCCAGCACGCAAGCAGCGCGAGGAAGUCUCUCUAGUUGAUUUAGACGGCAAAGAAGAAGCGAAAAAGCCUCCAAUCAAAAAGUCCCUCUCGCAAGCUCCAUCUCAGCCAUUUGAAAUGAGAGAAGAGGUUAUUGAUUUCGCUUCAGACGAUGAAAACCAACAGCUGGAGAUGAGCCGGUUGUCGAUCAGAAACUCGCUCCGCAAGUCCAGAAAACUGAGUGACUACCACAGAAGAAGCGACAGCACUAAUAGCGAACUGAAGCGCCGCUCAUUCUUUGGCGGUGACUAA